GAGGAGGGGGACGAGGCUCCGAGCCCAGGGGGGGCCGGCCGUUCCGCCUGAGCUCUGGGAUCCCGGGGGCCGGCUCAGGGGCGGUGCGGGACUGAGUUUCAUUUCUCGCGGAGCUCCCACCUCCCUCCCAUCUCCGCUCCGCUCCCGGCCAUGAAGCCGCAACAGACGGAGGUGAGCAUCCCGCUGCACCCACCCGGACGGGGACCGCCCCUCGCCAGCGUCCCCGACGAGCAGCCCCGCGACUUCGUCCUCUGGUCCCUCUUCAACGUCCUGGCAGGCUUCGCUCUCACCUACCUCGGCUGCAUUUGCUUCCCCUCGCUCAUCUUCUCCAUCAAGGCUCGUGACUGCAAAGUGCUGGGGGACAUGGAAGGAGCCCGGCGAUAUGGAACCCGGGCCAAGGUGCUGAACAUCAUCUUCUCUGUGCUGAUAGCCAUCGGUGUGUUGUCCACCAUCGCCAUUGCCAUCGUGCUCAUCACCAUGAACACCAGAUAGAUAUAGAACUUCUACCACCAUCUAUCCCGCUGUCCUGUGCUGUGCUCACCCCCGUAACCCCUUACCAAAAGCGCAUCCCAAGGAAGUUCUGCUUUGGGGAAGGAAUGCAAAGCCCUGUCCCCUUGCUGCACGUAACAUGGGUUCUGCUCCUGGGCCAUGAUGGUAUUUAACCAAGCUACAAUGUAUGCGUGAAUUGCCACUGUCACAAAUAAAGCCUCCUGCUCACCAA